UGUCUUGGCCUCGGCCGACCAUUUGCACUGGAGCUGAGUGCCUACAGUCGAACAUUGGCCUCUAUGCUACGGUCUCAAAUUGAUCAUUGCGGAGAUCGAGUUAUUGACGGAAAUGUCAUUCCUGAUCGAGCAAAUAAUCUCUCGUGGCUGGCAGAUAUUGUAAACAAAUCUACAAAUGGCAGGGUCUUUGUUAGGGAUCUGCAAGUGGUUAGUGCUGCAUCAUCCAAAGCUUUUCUGAAAGAUGGCGACGUGGAAAAGCGAAAGCGCUAUCGAGCUCUCUGUUGGUGUCCUGAUGGAGGUCUAACCACGGAAAAAAUCCGUCUACUUGACACUCGUCUCCGUGAAUUAACUAACCAAUCCACAAACUCGGAAGGCAUUCAGUCAAAUUUGCAAUGGCCUCCUACGGAAGCCGCAUUCCAGACAGAUCUUGGCGCAGAAGUUGCCUAUCUCAGCUUUGGCCGAUUCACCAUUGAACAGCUCACACCCAUCAGAGUGCUCCAUCGUCGAGCACUCAUGACUCGGAAAAGGGAUAUUAUCUGGUUCAGAUUGGCAGACUUCACUACUAAUGUACUGAGGAGCGAUGCUCCGUUUGUGCUACGGGAGUUCGCUUCUCAGGCUAGUGUCUAUCCGAAGGAAGAACUCUUCCUCCUGGAGCUAUGUUGCGAUGCGGGUACUUACGUCAAGGAGUUGGUUCACGGGGACCUCGGUCGAACACAACCAAGUCUUUCCUCUCUGAUUGGCUCUCAGCUUGACCUCAUUUCUCUGGAUGUAAUUGCUGUGGAACAGGAUUGGCCCCCUAGAAUCGAAAAUGCCCUUGUAAAAACGAAAACUUAA